GCGCGGUCAGUGUGCGGGACGGAGCGAGAGCGAGUACAUGUUGCGUCCCGGACGGUGUGCUUGUGUGAGUGUUGGCACCCGUGCAUGUGCGUCCUUGCAAUCAGGCACACUGCCAGUGACACUUGUGAUAACCAUUGCUAAAAUAGACUGUCGUAAGUGCAAGGAGCUACAUUUGACCCUCGGAGCAAGAGUGCCCGGGCCUGGCAACCACACCUGGUUCGGCCAGCCCGUGGGCGACCUCACCUGACCUGACCUUGUCUGUCAACCCUUCCACCAUGGCCAGCCAACAGUUUUGUUUGCGAUGGAACAACUAUCAAAGCAAUUUGAUGCAAGUUUUUGAUCAGUUACUACAGACAGAGAGUUUCGUGGACGUGACACUGUCAUGUGAGGGGAACAGUGUGAAGGCACACCGCAUGGUGCUGUCAGCGUGUUCACCCUACUUCCAGUGCCUCUUGAGUGACGCUCCCUGCUCCCACCCCGUCAUCAUCCUGCAGGGGGUCAAGUGGCCUGAACUCAAGGCAGUGGUUGAGUUUAUGUACAAGGGGGAGAUCAACAUCUGCCAGGAGCAGCUGGGGUCUCUACUACGAGUGGCAGAGUCCCUCAAAAUCAGAGGUCUGGCUGAGGUUGACGGGGAUGGGGCCGAACCUGCAGUGCUCACCUCUCCCUCCGUCUCUCCCAUCGCCCGAGCCCACACCAACUUCCUCGACGACAACUCGCCCUCCUCGGUCCUCGCCGCCGUCGCCCGUAAACGACGUCGGUUGUCUGGCGACGACCUGAGCCGCCCGUGCACUCCCAUGACCCCCACUAGUGGCACGGAGAUGAUGGAGGCCACUCUUGACCUGACGGGGCCACUGAUUCGUGGUGGGCUGAACACCUCCCUGCCAGGGUCACCCUUGACCUCCCUGGCCGCCCGCCUGCCCGGUGCCAUGCCGCCCCCAGCGCCCAUGGCACCACAUCUGACUCAUCUGCCGCCCCUGUCACCACUCCUCAACAUGCACUCCCUGCCACGUCCACACGCCCCCGACGACUUCGAGAUUCGACCCGGCAUCGCUGAGAUGAUCCGCGAGGAGGAGAGGGUGAUAAAUUCCAUGAGGUUCUCUCCAGGACACGAGGCUGUCUUUAAUGUAAGUCACUCCUCUUUCUCAGAGACUCCUUACUAG